AUGGUGGGCGAUGGCCCCUACCUUAUCUCUGAUCUGGACCGGCGAGGCCAGAGGAGAUCAUUUUCAGAGAGAUAUGACCCCAGCCUGAAGACCAUGAUCCCAGUGAGACCCUAUGCAAGGUUGGCACCCAACCCCGUGGACGAUGCAGGGCUGCUCUCCUUUGCCACAUUUUCCUGGCUCACACCAGUGAUGGUGAGAGGCUACAGGCACACGCUGACUGUGGACACCCUGCCCCCGUUGUCGCCGUAUGACUCAUCUGACACCAAUGCCAAAAGGUUUCGAACACUUUGGGAUGAAGAGGUAGAAAAGAUGGGUCCUGAGAAAGCCUCCCUGGGCCAAGUGGUCUGGAAAUUCCAGAGGACGCGCGUUUUGAUGGAUAUUGUGGCCAACAUCCUGUGCAUUAUCAUGGCAGCCGUAGGGCCGACGGUUCUCAUUCACCAAAUCCUCCAGCAGACGGAGAGCAUCUCCAGGAAGGUUUGGGUUGGCGUUGGCCUGUGCACAGCCCUUUUCACCACCGAAUUUACCAAAGUCCUCUUUUGGGCUCUCGCCUGGGCCAUAAAUUACCGCACGGCGAUCCGAUUGAAGGUGGCCAUUUCCACCCUGGUUUUCGAAAACCUGGUGUCCUUCAAGACGCUGACACACAUCUCUGUUGGUGAGGUGCUCAAUAUACUAUCAAGUGAUAGUUAUUCCUUGUUCGAAGCUGCCUUGUUUUGUCCCUUGCCAGCCACCAUCCCUAUCCUAAUGGCUGUCUGUGCGCUGUACUCCUUUUUCAUUCUGGGGCCCACAGCUCUCAUCGGGAUAUCCGUGUACGUGCUAUUCAUCCCCAUCCAGAUGUUUAUGGCUAAGCUCAAUUCAGCUUUCCGAAGAUCAGCAAUUUCAGUGACAGACAAGCGAGUUCAGACAAUGAAUGAGUUUCUGACCUGCAUCAAGCUGAUUAAAAUGUACGCCUGGGAGAAAUCUUUUACCAACACCAUCCAAGAUAUAAGGAAGAGGGAAAGGAAGUUACUGGAAAAAGCUGGAUUUGUCCAAAGUGGAAACUCGGCGCUAGCGCCCAUUGCAUCCACCAUAGCCAUUGUGCUGACAUUCACCUGCCACAUCCUCCUGGGACGCAAGCUCACUGCCCCGGUGGCAUUUAGUGUGAUUGCCAUGUUUAAUGUAAUGAAGUUUUCAAUUGCAAUCUUACCUUUCUCCGUCAAAGCAGCGGCCGAAGCCAAUGUCUCUCUAAGGAGAAUGAAGAAAAUUCUCAUAGCUAAAAGCCCCCCAUCUUACGUCACCCAACCAGAAGACCCAGAUACUGUCUUGCUUUUAGCAAAUGCCACCUUGACAUGGGAGCAAGAAACCGGCAGGAAAAGUGACCUAAAGAAAGUGCAGGACCAGAAGAAGCAUUUUCUCAAGAAACAGAGGCCAGAGGCAUACAGUUUGAGUCCAUCAGCUCAGGGAGUCACUGGCGCAGAGGAGCAACGUGACAGCCCCAAAUCGGUUCUGCACAAUAUAAGCUUUGUGGUGAGAAAGGGGAAGGUCUUGGGCAUCUGCGGGCAUGUUGGAAGUGGGAAGAGCUCCCUCAUCGCAGCUCUCCUAGGACAGAUGCAGUUACAACAAGGGAUCGUGGCCGUCAGCGGGACUCUGGCCUAUGUUUCCCAGCAAGCGUGGAUCUUUCAUGGGAAUGUGAGAGAAAACAUACUAUUUGGAGAAAAAUAUGAUCACCAAAGGUAA